GUCUUAUUAUUUUCUUCCUCUUGGUGUUGAUGUUUAAAUUUUUCUUCUUGUUGUUUUUAUGAUUGUUUUUUUAAUUUUUAAUAUAAAAUGACAAAGUUUACCUUCCAACAGAAAAUACCUCAACUUGAGGAUCAUUGGCCGUCAAUGAGGCAAACUAUUCUCAAGCUUUUACAUCAACAAAAUGUCUCUCAGCUUGAAUGGCAAGAACUCUUUUGGAAUGUUCAUAAUGUUGUCCAAUGGGAUCAGUGUUCUGAUAAACUUCAUGAAUCUCUCCAACAGGAUAUUUUAGAGUUCAUCUCACAAGCACAAAGUACGGUAUUAGCUCAUCAUGAUGACCAGGCCUUACUUAAAGCAUAUGUCGCUGCUUGGAGUAAAUUCUUUGUACAAUGUAAUUACCUUCCAUUACCUUUUACUCCCCUCAUGUCAAAUCAAAAAAGUAAUAAUUCAAAAACUACAACCAUUGAAGAAAAUAUCGUACGAAAACUUAUGCACACCAGUUGGAAUGAAAGUAUUUUCUCCAAUAUUAAACAUCGACUUCAAAAUAGUGCCAUGAAAUUGGUUCACGCUGAAAGAAAUGGGGAAGCAUUUGACUCUCAACUGGUCAUCGGAGUGAGGGAAUCUUAUGUUAAUCUAUGCUCCAAUUCAAAUGACAAAGCUAUUUAUAAAGAAAAUUUCGAAAAAGCCUAUCUUGAAGCAACCGAAACAUUUUACCAUUCCAAGGCGGCUGAAUAUCUAGUGGCCAAUGGUGUACAAAAUUAUAUGAUCUGGGCUGAUAUGAAACUAAAAGAAGAAGAAAUGAGAGGUGCCAAAUACCUUGAAUCUCUUUCUCUUCCAUCGUUGAACGAGACUUGUGUACGGGUUCUAGUUACUAAUCAUAAAGAUGUUAUUCUUGCUGAAUGUCCAACAAUGAUUCAGAAUAAUGAGACAAAAAAAUUGAAUCUAAUGUUUCGUUUAUUGGAUCGAGUUGAAGGUGGUGUUGAACCCAUGUUAACUUAUUUAGAGGAUCAUAUUGUUCAACAAGGAUUAGCUGAUAUGAUGGCUUCAGCUGAGAUUAUCACCCAAGACUCAGAGAAAUAUGUUGAACAAUUACUGGAACUUUUUGUUAGAUUUAGCACUCUAGUCGCAGAAGCUUUCAAUGAUGAUCCAAGACUAUUAACCGCGCGUGAUAAGGCUUUUAAACAAGUAGUUAAUGAUACAUCGGUCUUUAAACUUGAAUUAGCAUCUAAACCUAAAAUAAGUACAGUAAUGAUUACAAAGUUACCUCCCGAAUCGCGAUGCCCUGAGAUGCUAGCAAAUUACUGUGAUAUGUUACUUCGUAAAACCCCUUUAAGUCGUAGAUUGACCUCCGAAGAGAUUGAAACAAAAUUAAAAGAAGUGCUUCUAGUCUUAAAGUAUGUACAGAACAAGGAUGUUUUCAUGCGUUACCAUAAAGCCCAUUUAACCCGACGUUUAAUCCUUGACUCGUCAGCUGAUAGUGAGAAAGAAGAGAAUAUGGUUGAAUGGCUUCGUGAAGUUGGAAUGCCGGCUGAUUAUGUUAAUAAAUUAGCUCGAAUGUUUCAAGAUAUUAAAGUUAGCGAAGAUCUCAAUCAACAAUUUAAAAAUUCCCAGCGUCUAAUUGAUGGCGCUUAUUCGGAUACUAUAAAUAUCAAAAUUUUAAAUGUUGGUGCGUGGGCACGUGGUAGUGAACGUGUACAGGUUUCCCUUCCCUUAGAAUUGGAAGAUUUUAUCCCAGAGGUGGAAGAAUUUUAUAAAAAGAAACACAGUGGGCGAAAAUUACAAUGGUACCAUCAUAUGUCAAAUGGAACGAUUACAUUUGGUAGUAAAUAUGGUAAAUAUGAUGUAGAUGUAACGACUUUCCAAAUGGCAGUUCUUUUCACAUGGAACGAGCGUCCAAAUGAUAAAAUAUCGUUCGAGAAUCUCAAACUUGCCUCUGAACUUCCCGAUGCUGAACUUAGACGAACACUUUGGUCAUUAGUUGCCUUUCCUAAAUUAAAGACACAAAUCCUUUUAUGUGAUGUGCCUUGUAAAUCAGUUAAAGAUUUUACUGAUACCACUUUAUUUUGGGUUAAUCAAGAUUUUCAUAUAGUUAAAAAUAAUAAGCCACAACGUCGAGGUAAACUAAAUCUAAUUGGACGUCUCCAGUUAUCCACUGAAAAAAGUCGUGAAGAAGAUAACGAGAAGAUUGUCCAAUUGCGAAUUUUAAGAACUCAAGAAGCAAUUGUAAAGAUAAUGAAGAUGAGAAAACGAAUUACCAACGCACAAUUACAGACAGAAUUAGUUGAAAUUCUCAAGAAUAUGUUUCUACCUUCCAAGAAAUUAAUUAAGGAACAAAUUGAAUGGCUAAUUGAUCAAAAGUAUAUGCGUCGAGAUGAAGAUAAUAUCGGUGUUUUCGUUUAUAUGGCCUAAAGAAAAACAAAUCACAACUACUCUGACCAUUGGCUGACCAUCAAAAAGAAAAAGAAUCAAUUAUAUCAUUAAGAUCAAGAUCAUCGAAGAGAUUAAAUCAAAAUUCGAUUGUGUUUAACUCAUCAAUUUUAUCAACGAUAAUUAACCAAACUCAUCACUAUCAUUGUUGGUUUAAACUUCAACUAUUCUUAAUCUCUCUCUCCAUCUUAAUUAUCUUUUAAUUAUCUUCCGUCAAACAUAUUCAACUCUAUUGUUGACCAUCAACAAAAAACCAUCUCUUGUUCAGCCUUUUCUCCUCUUUUUAUAUGAUCAAUUCUAAUUGUUGUAAAUGCGGUAAUUAUAUAAAAUACUGUAUAAUUUUCUGUGAUCAUGAUUAGUUGAUGGAAAAUGAAAGAAAACUUGAAAUCCAUUAACAGGGGAAACCAAAACUCCAAUGAAGUGACAAAAAAAAAGACUAACAUGAAAAAGUGGAACAUGAAAAGACGCUGAUUCAUUUUAAUGGUACAAUCAUAUUUCUGACCAUUAUCAUAACUUAUCAUCUUUCUUUUUCUCUCUCUACCUUCCCACAAUCAAAUUAGCUAAUAAUUAACUAUUUAUUUAUAAACAAACAAAAAAAGAAAACGAUGAUAAUCAUAAUAACAAAAUGAUUUUUUUGUUAAUCAUCUCACCCUGCUAAUCAAAUCAUCCGAUUUUACCAUGAAUGUUACAUAUACAUAAUUACCAACUAGAAAUGUUCAAAGAGUCAAAUUAUGUUGAGAAAAUGUGUAAAAAUGAGAAACAAACAAAAUGAGAAGCAUUAUAUUUAUUACUAAUCAACAAUUAACUUAUUUAUUUUCUAUUAAAAAUUUAACCCAUUCCAAAAAUGGAAA